UAUAGAAACGGUCUCAUUCCUCUCUAGGCUGUUGUUGGGUGAGAGAGACCGUACGGAAGGUAAUGCAGGCUUAUAGUAUAACCCAAUAACAUAGAAUUAUCAGUAUUACGUUCUUUAACCACAGAAAUGUGGCGGUUGGUUUUAUUUAUCGUAUCAAGUUGAUAAAACGAGUAGAGAACCAUAUUUUUUCCUAAAUUAGAGGAAUUGUAAGGCUUCUUUUAUUUUAAAAUAGGUUUUAUUUUCAUUUAAAAACUACUUGAAGACCAAGUGAGUGUUUCUAAAGCUUGUUGGACCAUUUCUUUUGACGUUUUUGGAUGGACAAUGUUUCAAUGAGACUCACACUUGAAGGAGAACAAGCCUGCUGACAAGCCUUCUCUGACUGGAGCUGAACUUUGAAACUGCUUGUAUUUAUUUUGCUUCGAGUGUUCCUGAAUCGAGCCUGACCAUGGAGUAUAAAGUGGAGGCCCAUCGGAUAAUGAGUAUCUCCCUGGGGAAAAUUUACAACUCCCGGGUUCAACGAGGAGGCAUCAAGCUCCACAAAAACCUCCUGGUGUCUCUGGUGCUCAGAAGUGCACGCCAAGUGUAUCUGAGUGAUUACUACAGUGGGGUUUGCCUCAACACCCAGCAUGUUGAGGCCAAGGAGUGGGAGCUGAUGGAUUCCAACCAGGAGAAGCCACUCACUCCAGCCCCUGAGGAAUCUCUGUCCCCAUCAACUGACUGCAACCAGAAUCCUGUGGUUCCAGAGGAUCCUGAGGUUCAGCACACCAGCCAGGCUGUGGAAGACUCCACAGAUCUCCACAGCGUCUACUCCAAACAUCAGGCCGAAGAGGAGUCUUCCUCAGAGGAUUCUACUACUGAUGUUUCUCUCACAUCUUCUCCUGUGACCUGUGAAUCUCAAUGUGAAGCUAAAGGAGCUGAAGUGAGUUCUUCGGACUGUGAGGCGGAUGCUAACCCCGCCACGGUCACAGAAGGGAAUUCACAGCAACCACCGAAAGCUCACUCUUGUUCAAACAGGAAGCGCACUGCUGAGAAGACAGCCAGCAAUGACUCUCCUGUAAAACGGACAAAGGUGACUUCCUCAAACUCCUCUGAGGAGGAAGCGGAGGAGAUGGACACGGGCAAUGUCUCUAAUCUCAUCACAAUCUUUGGCUCUAGUUUUUCAGGACUUUUAACCAAGGAGAGCUCUGAGCCUGAAGCAGAAACAGAAGACAGUGAUUCAGGGUCAGGGCAGAUCUGCUGUGACCAAAUGCUAAAGAACCUGAACCCUUGGAGCACGGCCAUCGUGGCCUUUUAAAAACCAAUCACAGAACUUUGGUGGAAGUGUGGUUUUAAAAAAGGAAACCUGUAACAUUCACACAUGGCCAUUUUUGUGCUGUACUUCUAGACUGGGUUCCCCCCAUAACACGUGGUGAGGCAUGUAUGUGUGUGGUAUGGGACUUCCCCUACAUAAGUGGUGCUACCAAGCACAAACUGGGCCUGGUGUGUUUGGACAUGCCUUUGUAAAGGAAAGAAUGUGAACAUGCUGGUACUGCUACGUAGAGCCCUGCCGUGUCAAAGGAAUGAGGAGGCCACUGGAGUGAAUUUGAACAUUUACAGCCCUGCAGUGGAGAGAGGGGGGUGGUCGCUUCAUUCAGUACUCCAGCAGUCUGAAUGGGUGACGAGUGUGAAAUGUUAUGCUAAUGACAUCUGUACAAAGUUAAAUGUUACGCUGAUGUAAGAACUGACCACAACAACGGUCUACCAGACUUUGGGUGCUGGUUUUCUCUGUCUUUGUUUUAAAAAGACCUGUACAUUUGUAACAUUGUUCUUGUACAUACUGCCUCUGAUGUUGCAUUAUGAAUCUAUGUAUUUUGGUAUUUACUAUGAUGACAAUUUACGUGGUGAUCACGUAUUAAACUUUUGUGAAAUGA